AUGCGGCGGCCACCCCGACCACCCGUAUUCUUUGUUCUCGCGGUCGCAAAGCACUGGCACGAAAAGGCAUGGGUAGGUAGGGUGCAAAUGCAGACACCCACUCAAGGGUCUUCAUGUCCGACCCUGCGUGACCUCGAAGUGUUCGUAAUGCUGCGAUAACUGUUCCCACAGCCGCACUCGGUGUCGCGUGCCUGCAUGCUCCCCUCUCCCACCCCGUCAGACCAGUCAGCAUGCUCACGGUUUUAAGCUAAACAAAGCCCUCGAGUUUUCUGACUGGCCUGAACUGGCCGCUAGGCGAUGGUGGUGUUGGCCUUGGACGGCGCCUCUUCAAGCGGCUGCCGUCGAGACAUGACCACCGGCCCACUAUCACAUCCGGUAACCUCCACCCCCCCCCCCCAGCCCUACUACCCUAGGCAAUCUGAAAUGUAUUCACGUGCCCUGUGUUUGUUCAUUGUCCGAGUCACAUGACAGGACGCAUGCUUGGAUAAGCAUACACGAGCUGCAAGAACCACCCCUACGACAUGGUGUGAUGGCGUUUUAGUCGCAUUUAACCACAGCAUGAAUUCUCCUAACUCCCAACUAAACGCACUUUCCCACCUCGGUAAGCCGGUGACAAGCCCUCCGGGUAAACUGGUAAGCCAGUGUACGGCCUUCCGAGAUGUUAACCGGGUAAACGGAUAAGAAAUCACCUCGGUACCGCUGGUAUCACUACCACUACCCCAUCGGUAAAUGCAAGAUCUGCGCAGCGGAUACUACCUGAAAGACUGUUACUGUCAAUGGAUUUGCAACUAACACUACCGCUAGUAGCAGUGCCACUGUUAGUGAAAAGACAUACUGCGGAUGCUGGCAAUGCUUCUACUACUACUACUAAUACUACCACUAUCAUUACUAACACUACUACUAGUAUCACAACUGAUACUACCACUACUAUUAGCAGCACCAAUACUACUGCUACUAAUACCACUACUAAUAAUACUACUACUACUACUAUUACUACUAAUGCUACUACUACAACUGCUACUACUACUGCUAUUACUACAAUUAAAACUACUAGUAUUACUACAACCAACACCACUACUAAAACUACUGCUAAUACCAACAAAACUACUAUAACUAAUGCUAAUACUACUACUAAUACUACUACUGUUAAUACUACUGUUAAUAAUCCUAUUACUAACAAUAAUACUACUAUUAAUACUACGAGUACCACUACUACCAAAAAUAUUACUAAAAGAAAAAUUACUACUAUUAAAACGAAUCAAAUAAUACUACUACUGCUACUACUAUUACUACUACUACUAAUACUACUACUGCUACUGCUAUUAAUACCAAUGCAAAUACUACCACUACAACUACUAUUACUAACACCACUACUACUAUGACAACUACUAGUACAAUUACUACCACCGCUACAACUACUGUUAGUAAAACAACUACUAAAACUACUGCUAAAACUAAUGCUACAAAUACAACUACUACUACCACCAGCAUUACUAAUACAAUAACCAACAAUAUUACUACUAAUACUACUACUACCAGCACCACUAAUACUGUCAAUAAUACCAUUACUACUAUUGCUAAUGGUACUAAUACUACUACUAGAAAUACUAAUGAUACUAAUACAACCGCGGCUACUACUCCCAAUAUUACUACUAUUACUACCACAAGUACUACUACUAUCACUACUACUGCUACUACUACUAUUCUAAUACUACAAUUCUACAACUACUACUACUACUACUAUUGCCACCACCACGAAUAUAACUACUACUACCACAACCAGCACCACCACUACUGCUAUCACUACAACUAAUACUAUUACUACUAUCAAUACUACUGCUGUUAAUGCUACGGCUACUACUACCACUAUUACUACUAUUACCGACAUUACUAUUAAUAUUCAUAAUAAAACAAUUACUAAUACUAUUAAUACUACUACAACUACUACUGCUAACAUUACUACUGCUACUACUACUACUACUACUAACACCAAAACUAUUACUACCACUACCACCAACAUUACUACUCCUACUACUACUACUACUACUAUUACUACUACUACUACUACUAAUAUAACUAAUAAUAUUGCUAAUAUUACUACUAUUGCUACUACUAAUAAAACUAUCGCUGCUACUGCUACUACUACUACUGCAAAUAAUACCAAAAGUACGUCGAUUACUACCAAUACCGCUACUACUACUACUACUACUACUAAUACUAGUACUUAUACUACCAUUACUACUACUACCACCAAAAUUACUGCUAACACAACCACUAACACCACUACUACUACCACCGCUAAAAUUAUUCCUAUUACUACUACAACCAACUGCAUAUUACUACCACUAAUACUAACACAACUACUACGAAUAAUGUUACUAACAAUAUUACUAAUACUACUUCCACUAGUACUAAGGCAACAACUACUACUAAUAGUACUGCCAAUACUACUACUACGAAUACUACUAAUACUACUACAACUACUACUACUACUACCACUACUACUACUACUACUACUACUACUACUACUACCACUACUAAAACUAUUUCCACCGCUGAUUUUGUUGCUAUUACUACUGCUAUUGCUAAUAAUACAACAACCUCCAUUAUACUAACACGAAUACUAACAUUACUACUACAAAUAAUAAUGCUACUACCAAUAACACAAAUAAAAAUACUAAUAAAAAAUACUACUAAUGCUAACACUAUUGCUAGUACUACUACUACUACUACUAUAAUACUACAGCAACUGAGGCUGCCACUACCACUAUUACUAAUAUUACGUCAUCAAUUACAGCUACUAUUAAUACCACGACCACUACUACUACUACUCAUAAUACUACUACAACAACUACUACUUAUACAUAUACCACUGCUACUACUAUAUCGAAAACCACUGCUGCCACGUCCACUACUACUACAACCAACAACACUAAUACUAAUAAAACUACUAACAGCACCACUACCACUGCUACUAAUAACACUACUACAGCUACUACUACUACUACUACUACUACUGCUAAUACUACUACUGGUACUUCUACUACUACUGCUACUACUGCUGCCGCCACCGCCAUAUUUCUACAAAUAACACUACAAAUACAAUUAAUACUACUACUAUUACUAAAACUACCACUAAUACUACUACUGCUACUACUACUAGUAUUACUACUACUACUACUACAACUACUAACAGCAACAAUGGUAAUACUAAUACUACUACGGCUACAACUACUGCUAAAACUACUACAAAUAAUACUACUACAUCUACAGCUACUACUACUACUUCUACUAUUACAAUUACUAUACAAGCAUCACUACUACUGCUACUUAUAACAAUAAUAAUACUACAACCACUAGUACCACUUCUACUACUACUACCACCGCUACUACUAAUACUAGUACUAUUACUACUGUUACUGCAACUACUACAAAGUCCUCCAUACUGCUGCUGCUGCUACUACUACUACUACUACUACUAGUACUAAUACUACUACUACUACAAUUAAUAUGACUAUAAUACCAUGAAUACAACUACGACGUCUACUGCUAAUACUACAAAUACUACUGCCGUUACUACCACUACUACUAAUAAUAUUACUACUAAAACUACUACUUCUACUACUACUGCUACUAAUACUACUACUACUACUAAAACAACUACUACUACCACUAACACUGCUACUACUACUGCUGCCACCACCACCACCACCAUACUACUACCACUACUACAACAACAAAUACUGCUACCACUACUACUAACACGGCUACUGCUACUGCUGUUACCACCACUACUUCUACUUCCACCACCACUGCUACUAAUACUACCAAUAAUAAUACUACUACUACUGCUACUAACACAACUACAACUAAUAAUAGUAAUACCUUUACUACUUCUACUCCUAGUAAAAUUCUGCUACUACUAUUAAUAUUCCUACUAAAACCACCAAUGCUUCUACUAACACCACCAAUACUACUAAUAAUUCAACUAUAAAUAUUAAUAAAUUACUACCGCUGCUAUUACUACUACUACUACUACUACUACUACUACUACUACUACUGCGAAUACUACUACCACUACUACUACUACUCCUUCUACCAGUGCUUCUACUGCUAGUAAUACUGCUGCCCCAUGCUAAUAAUUCCACUUCGCUUAUGACACCACGACUACCACCAUUAAUAAUGGAAAUACUAAUAUUUGUAUUACUUCGACUAAGACUAUUAAUGCUACCACUACUACUAUUACUUAUACUACUUCUACUAAUACUACUACCACUAAUAAUAAUAAUAUUAAUACUGCUGCCACCACCACCGUAAUACUACCACUAAUACUACUACCACUAAUACUACUGCUACUACCAAGGCUAAUAUUACUAUCACUAAUACAACUAAUAGAACCAACAAUACUACUACUACAAUUACUACUACAACAACUACUACUACCAGCACCUGUAUUUCUGCCUCUAAUCUUAUUAAUACUACUACGUAAACUGCUACUACUACUACCACCGCUAAUACUAAUUCCAAUACUACUACUACUACUUCUACUACUACUACUACUACUACUACUACUACAAUUACUACUACUAUUCUAACAGCUACUAAUACAAAUGCGGCUAUUUCUACCGCUAAUACUGCUAUUAAUACCGCUAUUACUACUAUUGCUACUACUUCUUUUGUAAUACUAAUUCUACUACUAAUACUACUACUACUAAUACGACUAAAACUACUACUACUACCAGCACCACAACUACUGCUACUACUAACACUAUUACUAAUACUACCACUAAUAAUUCUAGUACUACUACAAAUACUACUACUACUAAUAAUAACAAUACUACUCAUAAUACUACAACUACCGCUACUACCACUACUACUCCUAAUAAUGCUACUACCGCUACUGCUUCUACUACUACUGCUGCUACUACUACUACUAAUACUAAUACCACCUAUAAUGCUACUCCUAAUUCUACUGCUACGUGUACUACUACUACUAAUCAUACUACUACUCCGAAUACUGCUGCUACUAGUAAUACUACUAAUACUACUACUAAUACUACGUCUAAUACUACUACCAUUACUGCCACUACUACACCUAAUACUACUACUACCGCUACUACUUCUACUACUACUAGUACUACUACUACUACAACUACUCCGAAAACUGCUGCUUCUACUAAUACUACUACUACCCCUGAUACCACCAUUACUACUCCUUAUUCUACUACUACCGCCACUGCUUAUACUACUACUUAUACUACUACUUCUACAAGUACUACUACUACUACUAACUCUAAUGCUACUCCUAUUUCUACAACAACGUCUACUACUACUACUACUACUGCUACUAAUACUACUACUUACAACACUACUAAUAAUACCAUUACUACUACAACUACCACUACUACUACCACUACUAAUAUUGAUACCACUACUACUCGUAAUGCUACUACUACCGCUACUACCACUGCUACACCUGUUACUACUACUAAGGCUACUGCUAAUACUAAUAAUAUUACAACUACUACUACUACUGCUACUACUACUACUGCUACUACUACUACUACUACUACUACUACCUCUAUUGCUACUCAUAUUUCUACUACGAAUACUACGACUACUACUGCUAAUACAACUACUACUACUACUACUACCUCUACUACUACUCCUAUUUCUUCUAAUGCUACUACUACAACUACUACUAAUAAUACUACCACUGCCACUCCUAAUACUAAUACUACCUUUACUACCACUACUACACCUAAUGUUACUACUAACGCUACUGCUCAUACUACUACCGCUACUACUACUAAUCCUGAUAUUACUAUUAUUACUACCUCUACUGCUACUUUUAAUUCUACCACUCCGACUACUACUACUACCACUGCUACUACUACUACUAGCACUACUACUACUACUAAUUCUACUACUACUACUCCUGAUACCACUUCUACCGCAACUGCUUCUAGUACUACUGCUAGUACUACUACUACUGCUACUACUAAUGCUACUAGUACUACCUGUACUGCUACUCCUUAUCCUACUACUACGACUACUACUGCUACCACUACUACUAGUUCUAUUACUACUACUACUACUACUACUACUACUACUGCUAAUUCUACUACUACUACUACUACUACUACUAAUACUACUACUACAACUGCUGCUACUAAUAGUACCUCUACUGCUACUCCUAAUUCUUCUACCUCUACUACUACUACUACUUCUAACACAACCACAUCCACUCCUAAUAUCACUACUACCGCUACUGCUUCUACUAGUACUACUACUACUACUACUACUACUACUACUACUACUACUACUACUGCUACUACUACUUCUACUACUUCUACCAUUACUUACACUGCUACGCCUAAUACUACGUCUACCGCUACUAAUUCUACUGCUACUGCUACAAAUACUACUACUCCUAAUACUGCUGCUACUGCUACUACUAAUACUACUACUACUACUACUACUACUACUACUACUACUACUACUACUACUACUGCAUCUACUACUUCUAAUACUUCCUAUACUGCUACUCCUUAUUCUACUACCACGAGUACUACUACUACCACUACAACUAAUACUUCUACUACUACUACUACUACUAAUAAUAAUAAUAAUACUACUACUCCGAAUACUGCUGCUGCUACUACUACUAUUGCUAAUACUACUACUAAUACUAACACUAAUACAACUACUACUACUUCUACUACUUCUACCAUUACUGACACUACUACACCUUAUACUACGUCUACCGCUACUAAUUCUACUACUACUACUACUACUACUACUACUACAACUACUACUACUCCGAAUACUGCUGCUACUAAUACUACUACUACUACAAUUACUACUACUAUUCUAACAGCUACUAAUACAAAUGCGGCUAUUUCUACCGUUAAUACUGCUAUUAAUACCGUUAUUUCUACUAUUGCUACUACUUCUUUUGUACUACUAAUUCGACUACUAAUACUACUAUUAUUAAUACGACUAAAACUACUACUACUACCAGCACCACAACUACUGCUACUACUACCACUAUUACUAAUACUACCACUAAUAAUUCUAGUACUACUACAAAUACUACUACUACUAAUAAUAACAAUACUACUCAUAAUACUACAACUUCCGCUACUACCACUACUACUCCUAAUAAUACUACUACCGCUACUGCUUCUACUACUACUGCUGCUACUACUACUACUAAUACUAAUACCACCUAUAAUGCUACUCCUAAUUCUACUGCUACGUGUACUACUACUACUAAUCAUACUACUACUCCGAAUACUGCUGCUACUAGUAAUACUACUAAUACUACUACUAAUACUACGUCUAAUACUACUACCAUUACUGCCACUACUACACCUAAUACUACUACUACCGCUACUACUUCUACUACUACUAGUACUACUACUACUACAACUACUCCGAAAACUGCUGCUUCUACUAAUACUACUACUACCCCUGAUACCACCAUUACUACUCCUU